AUGGGGUCCGAAAGGUCCAUCUUGUGUCUGCUCGUGCUUCUUCUUCUCUGUGGCGUUUCCUUGGCUGCUUCACCGCGCUACCUCUCCGUCAGCCUCGACAAGGCUCACGUCGACUGCCCUCCCUUAACGUCCCCCGACGCAAGUUCCGGCAACAAGCUCCUUAUCCAUCAGUAUAACUGCUUCUGCCCGCCAUAUUGUGGAGAGCGGACGAGGCGCGACAUCCACGACAGAGCCCGGCUGAGCACCCUACUCCAGAGGUCACUCGUCCCCGUGCAACAAGCCGCACCGCCCAUUCCAGCACCAGCAGAGGCGCCAUCCGUUGCCAUCCCGGACCGCUCAGGGGAUUUCCUCGACUCGCCCGAGUUCAUCGUCGUUGUCGGCUUCGGAACGCCGGCUCAACCAUCUUCCGUGAUGUUUGACACCGGCAGUGACAUGUCAUGGAUCCAGUGCAAGCCGUGCUCCGGCUACUGCCAUCCACAGCAUGACCCCGUCUUCGACCCCACCAAAUCCACCACCUACGCCGCCGUGCAAUGCGGCCAACCGCUGUGCUCACACACCGGCAGCAAGUGCAACGACACCACCUGCCUAUACUCCAUGGAUUAUGUCGACGGCCCGUCCAAAUGGAGUACAUCCGGAGUCCUCUCCCAGGACACGUUGACGGUCACUUCCUCAACCAAGCUCUCCGGCUUCCCGUUCGGAUGCGGCCAGCGAAACCUGGGUAAGUUCGGCUAUGUCGACGGGCUGCUCGGCCUUGGCCGUGGCCAACUCUCACUGUCUUCACAGGCGGAUCGUUCGUUCGACGGCACCUUCUCCUACUGUCUGCCGUCUGACAACAGCACGGCUGGGUACCUCAGCAUCGGCUCGACGCCGGUCACCGGCCAAGUGCAAUAUACGGCGAUGAUACAGAAGUCUAGCUACCCGUCAUUGUACUUCGUCGAGCUCGUCUCCAUCAACAUCGGUGGUUAUAUCCUCCCGGUGCCACCCUCAAUAUUCACGAGCACCGGCACCAUCUUGGACUCCGGCACGAUCCUUACACAUCUACCGGGGCAGGCAUACACCGCGCUUCGCGACCGGUUCAAGUUCACCAUGCAGGGGAGCAAAACAGCGCCGCCGCAAGAAAACCUCGACACGUGCUAUGACUUUGGCGGCCAGAGUGGAAUCUUAAUACCGGCGGUGUCACUCAUAUUCAGGGAUGGCGCGGUUUUUGACCUCAACUUCUACGGGAUCUUGACAUUCCCACAGCCGACCAUCGGCUGCCUCGCGUUCAUGCCCCGGCCAGAGUCGACGCCGUUCUCCAUCAUCGGCAAUACGCAGCAGCGGUCGACCGAGGUGAUAUACAACGUUGCUGCGGAGAAGAUCGGUUUUGUCCCCAACAGUUGCUGA